AAACCUUCUCAAGUGGGUUUUACCAUGUGUCUUCGACUUUUGGAAAAUUUUAAAAUAUUUCUUGUAGCAAUCUGCAUUCAAAAUGUUUCGACAUUGCGACUGAAAUCAGGUUUGUAAUCAUUUCUUUCGUAGUCGAUAUUUCUUUUGGCUUUGGCUUUGGCUUUAUUUCAGAGUCAUCAAUUAUUUAGAGUAGAAUUGUGCUAAAAUUAUCAACCAAGGUGCUGAUUUAUUGUUUUUUUAAUCUAUUUGUCUUUAUGUUAAAUGGUACUAAUGGUUUUUUUCGUUCUUUCGAAAGAAAGAAUUGAAUUGAAAAAUUAACACACUUAAGCCUCAGGAAUUGUAUUUGUUAAUCACAUAUUAAAUUUCUUUGAGUGGCCUCAUUUCCUACAAACAUAGAAAUCUGCAGAGGAGCAAUAUAAAUUUCUCUUUAUUAUUUUCGUAAUUAAAUUUACCCUUAGACUGGAAGUCCAUUGCUUUGUAAGUAUCAACCAUUUAUUCUUAAGGAGGUUUAUGUCACAUAGAUCGACCAGCCGAGCUGCGUGCUAAAUAAGUCAAAAUCCAGCGUUCCUAAAAUAGAUGGACUGGGACAUUUGACAAUUAGUAAGUGGAAAAAAAAGACAGUGAGAAUUCGGAAGGAAAUAAUACUGACAUGUUUGCAGUUUAUAUGCUUCACGAUAAGCAUAAAAAAAUGAUACUAGUAAAGGGUAGAAUUCCGUAGAAGCAUUACUUUCAAACCGUACUUAUUGAUCAUGUUUGAUUGGUUUCGCACCGCGAUAAAAAAUAGCAAUAAACCCUCAGGUGUGAAAACGUGCAAUAAAGUAUUUCACCUUAUUUUUUUUACUCUAGAGAAACAUUCAGUUGAAGAUAAAGACCACAAUGCAUCGCGUCGUCACAACGUGAAAGAUUUCUACAACAGCUCAUUGGCGUCCAGGCGAAGCACAUAUCGCAUUAACAUGCCGAUGAAAGUGGCAAAACUUAUACUACCUCAAAUCACGAAUAAAAACCAAGAGACCAUCAUUAGAAUAUAUCCUGAUAAAUCAGCCAAGGCACAAAGUGGAAAUGGAAGCAACUACUUGUUAAGCCUCAGUUAUAAAAAGCUAAAUGACAUGGGUGCUCCAAACAAACUCCAAGCUGGAAGGCGUGCCUGUUAUUACGGCGAACGCCCUGGAUGUUGCUCGGUUUGUUGUCCCGGAUGUGAGUGAUUAACAAGCUUUUUUGAGGUUGUGCAUGAUAUCGAAAGCGUAUAUCCAUGUUUACACAAAUAUUAUGGGCUGCUUAGUACCACAUGAUGGAACACUUAAGAUCGCCUCCCGAUCACUUCGAACAAGUGAAAUGCUUUCAUAACUCUUGAAUUAAGACCAACAGAGGUAUGAUAUCUGAAUCAGCUAUUUAUCUAUCAAUGUUAUACAUGCCACUAGAGAUCCGUUUAAGGCUAAGAAUCACCUUUAUCUAGCUUCGUGAAGAAAAGGAACGAUAAAAUUGAAAAAUAUAUCAUUAUUUUACCUUAGCAUAGGAUAAGAUGUCCAUUGGUGUGUAAUACAAGUUAUAACACACGUGUCUUUGUCAUUUCCUUUCAGCAAUGUGUGGUCCAUCCGCAAUACCAGGUAAUCUCAUUUAAUCUUAAUUACCUUGCAUUGAAUGAAAGCGCCAAAUUCAAAUGUUCGUGAAGGCUAUACUUUCAGUAUGCAAGUCAUCGAAAAAAGAAAAAAAAAAUGCACGUCCGUCAAGAUCCUGUAGCAGAUCAGAUUAAUGCAAAUGUCUAUCCUAAGUCCAAUUUUUUUUCCUAGGAUCAUGCAUCUGCUGUCCUCGGCCAAGUAAGUGUCAUGACUUAUAAAAUAAAAUUUUUCCUCCCAAGUUGUCCUUGCUGAAACUUUAUUCGAUUGCAAUAAUAUCAGACUCAAAUGUUACUCAUAUUCUAAUUCACUUUCUUUUCUUUUUAUAUCGCAUAACAAGUUUGUCCACGACCGCGUAAGUACUUUGCAGCCCUUAUUUAGAUCAGGAUUUGGUGAAAUAGCACUUCACAUCGAAGUUCUGUUUAGGGAUUUGUUAUCCAUAUGUUUAGGGAUUUGUUAACUAUAGUCCAGUUUCUUAUUGAAAUCUUAACGAUUCCAGCCUGCUGUUGCUGCUGUUGCUGUUCCAGUCCACCUCCGCCGCCACCCCCUCCCCCAAAGAAACCUCCACCUCCCCCUUGCCCUAUGGUAUGUGUACCAUGUAACCCUUGCCCUAGGCCCCCAUGCCGUCCAAUAUGUAUUCCACGUCCAUGCCACUCGCCGUGCCGUAUACCCGCACCACCAGUACAUGCACCAAUCUUAGGACCCUGUGUGCCAGCUCCGCCGGCUAUGGGACCAUGCCAUCCUCCGUGUUUUCCUCAAAGGCCACCCUUGGUGCCUGCUUCGCUCCACCCAGCCCCUCCAAUCAUAUCUAACAGGCCAAUAGUGGUGGAUCAUCCAUUAAAAGGCCCCCCUAUAUUCAUAGGUAAUUUGCUGACAGUUUUAUGUUUAUUAUAUCAAAUGACAAAGAAGCCAUUACUAGCAUUUAGGAAGUAUUAAACUAACUUUGCGAAAGAGUUUCUCCACUGAGAUAGAUAUGCAUAGAAUUAGAUGAUUGAAUAUCAUUGUUAAACAGCUUUGUGAAACUUGUAACAUUGCAUCAACAAUUGACAAUUUGGUAAAACUACCACAAAUGAAUUCGUUUUCUUUAACACGGUAUCAAUUUUUUCUCUUCAUUAGGAUUUGCUUUUUCUCUCUCAUUAUUAUCCUUAUCAGCCCGAUUAUUGUGGCUUUUUUCUUUUCUUUUUUUUAACAGAUCAGUGUCGCGACGUUCUACCGGAAUGUAGACAAUAUGCCAAGAGGGGAAUGUGUAAUCAUGCAACGCCUUUUCACACCAUUCAACAAAUACGAAAAAUAUGUCCUUUCUCUUGCGGGAUUUGUAAUGAGUGAGUAAAUCAUCUAUCCAUUCCAAGUAUCCUUCCUUUACUGUUCUACGCCUUACCCAAUAUUCACUGCUCCUAAAACGUACACUCUAAAGGCAUCACCGAAAGCUAAACAUCUGUUCCCGAUUAUUCUGUUUUAGUUACGACGAGAAUGCGGCACUUCUUCGAAGGCAGACACCUUCUGGACUCCAUGUGAGGCCUGCAAUGCGUGCGAAACUGAACAGAGCCUUAGUACAAAUCAUUCGAAAUAGGGAUCUCGAGGGAAAUUCAACACUCGAGUCUCAACAUGUUAAAAGCAACUCUAGAGAAGAACAAGUUGGAGUAAAGAAAAGUCAUCAGGUCUUGGGUCGUGUGAUUCAGUCAGAGAAGCCUACCGAAGGAGACGAACUGAAUAGUGGAUCGGGCGAACCAUUCGAUAAAUUGAAAUAAUUCACACGAAACAGUUCUACUUUUACGAAAGAUGGGGAGGCUUAAAUUGCCCGACGAAUAG